AUGCGUGUGGCUGUGGGCAGCUCAUUGCAGGGUGCGGGCACAUGGCAGGCAGCAGAGGCGUCGCUCUUCAUGCUGCGAUCCGCUGCCCAAGCAGGUACGGCUGCUCGCCUGCCACCUCACGCUGCUCGCCUGCCACCUCACGCUGCUCGCCUGCCACCUCACGCUGCUCGCCUGCCACCUCACGCUGCUCGCCUGCCACCUCACGCUGCUCGCCUGCCACCUCACGCUGCUCGCCUGCCACCUCACGCUGCUCGCCUGCCACCUCACGCUGCUCGCCUGCCACCUCACGCUGCUCGCCUGCCACCUCACGCUGCUCGCCUGCCACCUCACGCUGCUCGCCUGCCACCUCACGCUGCUCGCCUGCCACCUCACGCUGCUCGCCUGCCACCUCACGCUGCUCGCCUGCCACCUCACGCUGCUCGCCUGCCACCUCACGCUGCUCGCCUGCCACCUCACGCUGCUCGCCUGCCAUGAAGAAGCGGCUUCUAAACCUCGAAGCAUAUGGGGAGAGGGAGCAGCGCAUGGCAGCGGUGCUGGGGGGGUGAUGGUGUGCGUGAGCAGCAGGAGGCUUCCUGGCCUCUCACCCCCUCACAACCCCCUUCUCCCACCCCCAUGCUCCCCCCAAUUUCCCCCUCAAAUUCUCUCCCUCAAUGCACCCCCCUACGGCUCCCCACCAGUGAAGAAGAGGUUACUAAACCUGGAGGCAUAUGGGGAGAGGGAGCAGCGCAUGACAGCAGUGCUGGGGGGGAAGCGGUUACUAAACCUGGAGGCAUAUGGGGAGAGGGAGCAGCGCAUGGCAGCGGUGUUGGGGGGGGUGAUGGUGCGGGUGAGCAGGGACGCAGAGACGGGGGGGUUCCUGGCGUCCCACCCUCUGCUGGUGGACACGUGUUGCCUCCUCAUUGGCUCCUUCGCUGACUGGCUCAACCUCCAGCCCGACUGCCUGCUGGGCGUCAUCAGCUACCUCCUUAAAGCCCUGCAGGUCCCAGAAGCGGUGCGCAGUGCAGCAGGUGCGUUCAGAGCCGUGUGCGCCCGCUGUGCUCCGCGUCUCAACGCCCCCUCCCUCCUCCAACACCUCAUGACUGCCACGCUCUCCGCCCUCCCCUCCACCUCCCUCAUACCCUCUCGCCCCCGCGGCACUGCCGCACUCCAAUCCUCAUUCUCAACCCUUUCCUCCUCCUCCUUCUCCUUCUCCUCCUCCUCCUCCUCCUUCUCCUUCCCCUCGUCGCACUCUCACGCGCCCGCCUCCCAUCUCGCCUCCCCUCACUGGGUAGACCUAGAGAUCCGGCAGGCCCUAAUGGAGGGGCAGGCACGGGUUAUCGCCUCCCUCCCCCCCGCCACCGCGGCCCCUCUUGCUCUCACCCUCACCUCGCCACACAUACAGCUGGCGGCACAGCUGGCACAGAUGCAGACAAAUGAGACCAGUCGGUUUGGAUCUACCAGUGAUGGUGGUGGGAGGAGUAGCACUGGUGGAGCAAUUGGUGCGGCUGGGAGUGGUGGGAGUGGGGUCAUCACCGCCCUCUGCCACCUCUUCCGCCACUCCCUGCUCUGCCUCAAGCACCCCUCUCCACCCAUCCUGCCGUCCAUCGCACCGCUUGUCACCGCAUUCGAGGAGCACCAGCACCCGGCAGUAUUGGAGGUGCUGGCGUUGGUGCUGGAGCUCAGUGCUUCUGCAGCGUCUGCUGGGGGUGCUGCUGGGGAUCUGUCUGUCUGCCACUCCGCACUGCAGGCCUGCUCCAUCAGUGCCUUCUCGCUCAUUCAGCGCGGUCACCUCCCCCAUCGACCAGAGGUCCUAUCAGCCCUCUUCGACAUGGCCUAUCGCUAUCUGCUCUUCGCGCCGCACCUGCUGCUGCAGGCGCCCUUCCUGGGGGCGCUGCUGGACGCGGCAGCAGCCACAGUAGCACACGGAGAGAGAGAUUCCGCCAAGUCAGCGCUCACGCUGCUCUGCUUCCUGCUCUCCCCGGGCAAGAAGGCGCUCUCCUCCCCUGCUUGGAUCAGCGCUCACGCUGCUCUGCUUCCUGCUCUCCCCGGGCAAGAAGGCGCUCUCCUCCCCUGCUUGGAUCAGGUGAGACCAUCGUCACUCUCCCACGCUGCAGCCACAGUAGCACAUGGGGAGAGAGACUCAGCGCUCACGCUGCUGUGCUUCCUGCUCUUCCCGGGCAAGAAGGCGCUCUCCUCCCCUGCUUGUAUCAGUAGUCUCCUACCCCCUCUCUCCCCUCCCCUCCCCUCCCCUCCCCUCCCCUCUCCCUUCUACCUUUGCCCCUCCUCUCCCCUUGCCCCUCCUCUCCCUUCGCCCCUCCUCUCCCCUUGCUUCUGCUCUCCCCUUGCUUCUGCUCUCCCCUUGCUUCUGCUCUCCCCUUGCUUCUGCUCUCCCCUGGCUUGUGCUCUCCCCUUGCUCAUCCCAUCCACCCUCAGUGCCCAACCCGUGAUUAUAGCGAGUCUUGACCAAUCAGUUGUCUCCCCUCCCCUCUCCCCUCUCCCCUUCCCUCUCCCUUCCUCUCUCCCUCUCCCCAAUCCCCUCCCCUCUCUCCUCUCCCCUCCCUUCUCCCCUCUCCCCUCCCCUCUCCCCCUCGCCUCUCCGCUCUCUCCUCACACCUCCAUUCCCCCCAGUGCUCAACCCGUGAUUAUAACGAGUCUGCAGCACCAGGGCCAAUCAGUCAUCUCCUCCCUCCUCCUAGCAGCCGCCGGAAAAGCCCCCAGAGACCUACUCAGACCCAUCGCCACCGCUCUCCACCACCUCAUCCUCCUCCCAGACCUCCACCCACUCCUCCCCAACUGGCUGGUUACCGCGUUACGUUCACCGGACUUUCAGAGAGGCGUGCCAGAGGCGGUGGGGGAGGGGGAGAUGCAGCUCUUCUGUGAGUUGGUGCUGCGGCAGCCCCCGCUGCCAAGGCAGAGGUUUGAAGCGCUGGUGGCGGAUUUCGCUGCCCUCUGCUGCUCUGAAGGGACAGCUGAUGCGCUGUUGGGCUAUCAGAUGUAG